CAACUCGAUGGGAAUUACCAAAUUAGUCGAUUCCGCGCUGUCUCCGUCCCGAUUCCUCGCCGUGCGGCCAUGCUGCGACCGCUGCCCCUGCUCCUGCUGCUGCUUCUCGCGGUCGUAUUUCUCUCCUCGACGAUCCGGCUUGGCGGCGCCCACGAGCACGACGAGGAGGAGGACGAGUCGAGCUGCGAACAGAGCCCCGACGUCCGAGUCGACGCCGAAUUCCGGCCCGGAAUCGUUACCGUCGACGGACGCGCCGAAGACUGGGCCGAUGUUGCUGGUCCACAGCUCGCCCUCCUCCCCGCCCUCGAUUUCGAUGAGGAUAAGGCCUAUGGUGGCGGCCCGAUGACCGUCAAGGCUUUGCAUGAUGGGCGAAACAUUUUCUUCAUGCUACAAGUUGAAGGAGAGUAUGCAUAUUCUACAGGUGAUGAUUAUAAGUGUCCUUCUGUUGCUCUUAUGUUUCAAGUUGGGGAAAAUGCUACAUAUCAAAAUAUGGGAGGAUGUUCGAACUUACCUGGUACAUGCACUGAAAAAAGCUGCCGUGGUCAUGAAGUAGACAUUAUGCAUUUUUCAAUUGGAAAUGCUAUUCCUGGACGAUUAUAUGGUGGCAAUGUUGUAGACAACAGGAAAGGAAAUGGAAAUGAUAGUUUUGGGCACCUGGUUGAUGUGUAUGCUUGGAAUCCACACUGCCGUUACCUUGACGGGAUAGGACCUUCCGGACAUAUUUCAAAUGCUCAAAAUGAUUGGAAAGGAGCUUGGUGGCACAGUUCUCUAAUAUCUGGUUCAAGCUUCAUCGAAGAGGAUAGUCCGUUUGGAAAACGUGGUCAGAAAGGCACCUACUCUUUUGAGUUCUCCAGACCAUUGAGGACAAUGGAUCGUCUUCAACAGGAUGUUCAAUUCACUAUCGGCCAGUCCAGCAAGGUGGCUGUUGCUUUCUGGUACCCAACCGAUGGAAAUCCAUGGAGCAAGUCUCAGCACUACUCUGCAAGCUGCAAUUGGUUGACAUUGGAAGCUGCAUCAGUGUCAGGACCAUCCGUCUCUCGGGUAUCUUCCUCUGGCUCAUGGGAUGCUGUAACUGCCUUCGCUUUGCUCCUAUCUGUAGUCUCCUUCUGCCUUACCGUUUUCAUUGGAUAUUGGGUUUCCAAAACCAAAGCUGUGCCGUUCACACCUAUCGAUCAUCUAUGAUGAGGUACUGAAGGCGUACGUAUCUUUCACCUUCUUUAGCUGCAUUUUCUAUGAUAUCAGCUUUUAAAAGCUCAACUCCUGGGUUGUAAUUUUUUCUAGUGUAUUCAAUAUGCUCACUUUCAUCAUAGAGAUUAUUGUCACUUGUUACAAUAUUUACGGUGUUCCUGUUAAGAGCAAAGAAGCAGUAAGAUUUUUCCUA